CUCCCACAGAGAAGCACUGCUCUGGAAUCAGUCAGCUGCACAGACCGAAGUCGCACGGCAGAAAGCCUCAGGACUUUAUUUGUGAAACAUUAGUAAACUGUGAGAUCAGAGCUCAUUGAACAUGUCUGCUGUCGACAGGACGGGAGCUCCAGAGCGUCACUGGGAGACCGGACCCUCCAGAAUCCAGGACCUCAAGUCUCCUCGGAGAUUUCAGCCUUGGACCAGGCGUCCCGGCGGCCCGAGCAGCUGGCCGCCCGGCAGCUCCCGCUCUGCCCAGCACGCCGUGCACAGGGAACACGUUUAUGUGUCUUUUGUCAGGAAGUCCAUCCUGUGGGAAAGAGGAAUCUGUCACUACACUGCCUGUGCUCGUCCGAUGUAUCGUCCGUUGCAGUGUCCACGGUUCCUGUCUCACAUGAAAAUUCGUCCUGAAGAUCUCAGACCUGCUGGUUUCCAGAGCUGCAGACCACAGCCUCCAUCUCAGGGGACGAGGCUGCACACACACGUCCUCGCUGCCCCAAACAUCUCACUGCCGGAGGGAUGCCUCCAUUUGAGUCCAGACAGAAGAAGACAUGUUGUGCCGAGCGGAGGCCUGAACGCAGGACGGAGCUCAGCUGCUGUUGUUGUCCCCUGUCCUCCGCCCACUGUCACCCCACCGACAGCCGCCAUUAAUCCAACCCCUCCCCACCAAAACACACUUCACCCUGCGUCUGGAGGCAAAAAGCACAAACCCGACACGGUGCCAGCGUCUCCCCCCCGCUCUCCCCCUGCCCCAGAGGAGGAUGAGGAACCUCAGGAGAGGGAGGAAGCUUCGGCGUUUGUCAGUGAGCCGGACUCCGGGCUGCAGCUCCGGCCUGUUGGGUCCCGGCUCUCACAGGGGUCGCUCUCAGAUUUCAGUCGUCCACCUUCCAGUUCAUUCAGCCGCAGCACGAACCUCACCAGUGGCAGGAGCAGUGUCCUGUCUGCAGCAGUUACCAGGGACUCAGACCCAGAGGACUGUUCCUCUGCUCCUCAGCCUUCACAGGUGACGUCCCCUCUGCCUCCGUCUCUCCCUCCAACAGGAUCCGACCCUCAUCAACCCUCUCCGAACAUCCCUCCACUCCGUGAGCCGCUCUUUGGACAAACCACACCUCUCUCAUCUCGCCCGACUUCACGCCUCCACCUCAACUCAGACAAACCGCUGAGCAGUCGCCAAAGCACCCAAAGUCUCCCCGGGGAAGCUUCCGUAGAUCUUCCCCCGUCCUCGGACUCCGAUCGAGGCCUGGUGACGCCGGCGUUCCCCUCGGCCACCUGGUCUUCCUGCCCAAGUCCACGGACCACCACUCCCCGCUCAGGGUCAGGGGCAGGCCUGAGCCCUUCCCCUCCUCUGAGUCGGCUGGAGUCUCACCGCUGGCCCGUCCUGCCUCCCAUCUCCCCUGUCAGAGGGCGCUGUGGCUCGGCGGCGUCACGCGACUCCGAGCUCAGCUGCAGCCACUCUCACAUGUUCGAUGAACUGGAGGCCAUCGCCCCUUCGUCUGUUUCCUGUCUGUCUCAGGAGCAGGCGUCAGACUCUUCAGGCGGCUCUUCACCUCACAGAGAGCUGUCCCCUGGCCUGGCCGCGCUGACGAUGGGCUGUGACUCUGGGAACCUGGGCCCCCUGUCCCGGGUCCAGCUGCUGCUCCUGGACCGACCAGAGCCCGAGACCUCACCAAGCCCCUGCGGUCUGGAGGACGGGUUCCCACCUCUGGAGGACUGGAUGCAGUACGAUGCAGGACUGACACCAGAAGGUGCUCGGAGGCCCCUCACAGCUGGCAGCAUCUCUGAAAGGUGUGACUCCGCGGGGAGAAGCCAGGAAAACAAAUCGGACCGUUCUGACGAAGGCUCCGGUUCCCCAUCAUCGUGGAUCAUCGACCCGAGUCCGUCGGCCAACAUGUUCCGAUCCUCGUGCUCCCCCUGCCCGUCCGACCACAGUUGCAGCUCUGUUGAAGGAGGCCCAUCCGAGGAGGAGUUGGAUUAUCCAGGACAGAGGGACCGUGUUGGGUCCCCAGCCGAUCGGAGGAGCCAUGAGAGUCUCGAUCACACAACCGCAGAGACGGAGAGAAAGAUGGAGGAGAGGAGAACCAAAGUGCUGUCCAUGCUUUCCAAACUGCAGGAUGCUGCUCCCCGGCAGAGCGGACGCAGCAAAGCUUCCUCCAACUUCGAGGACUUCGACUUCUUGGCAAAGUACUGUAUCUUCAGUCAGGAGAAACUCGAGGACUACAAAAGAGCUUUUGAUGAAGAGGACGGUGACGGUGACGGCUACAUCUCCUCCCUUCAGGCUCUACUUGCUCUCAAACACGUCAUCCCUUCAGAGAUGCUGUCGGAUGAAGAAGAGAUCUACGUCUGCAGGAUCCUGGAGAUGGUGGACUUCAGAAUGGCAGAUGGGCUCGUGGACCUGAGGCUCUUUUCCGUCAUUGCGAGCCUGGCGCAGAAAAUAGCCACCAUGGAUGAGUUCAUGCGCUCGCUCAUCGGCAGUAUGGACUUUCGCUCUCUUGAAGUGAGGCUCUUCAAAGCGAAGCGGCUAUUCCUGUUCCUCCUGGAGGAGCCGCGAGGAGCCGACGGAGCUCAGCAGGGCUUCAUCAGCGCAGAGCAGCUGCUUCUGGAGCUGAAGGCCGGCGGGAUCCAUCUUGAGCAGGAGCCGGCCAUCACGCUGCAGCUGCAACACUUUCCGCCUCUGGACCUGCUGGACUUUCUGGCCUACCUGCCGCUCUUCAUGCUCAUUCACAACUCGGUCAUCUCCAACCCUCUGGACGACUCCAGCCACCUCUGACCCCAGUCCCGGCUCAGGCUGCCCGGCGAGGCUCAGGUAGCAGUACCGCCUCCAUCACACCAGCAUUUACACUGUGUUUACGGAGAACUCACACAUACAGAAGCUCUGAUGGAAACACUGCUCAUUCACUUUGAGAGCCGGAGAAAUGUUGACGUUCCUUUCCCGUUCUUCGCUCGCGUUUGGUGCAGAAGAAGAAAAGAAAAGUUCAACUGUUCAAGCUGCAGUUGCAGGUGUCAGCCAAUCAAAUCAUGUUAAUGUAAAUAGCGGUUCUGCCUGUCACACGUUAGAAUGCGUUUGGAGAGAGGAGGCACAGAGGUGAACCUGGUGUGUGUUCAUUUGUUCUCUGAGCUUAUUUCCUGUGUACUUCCAUGUCCCUUCCAUCGACCAAUCCUGACAGGGAACAGUCACAUAAACAAGAACUCAUUUUACAAUGAUUAACGUGUUUAAAGUUUCAAAUGAUCCAUCUGCCUGUCACACUUUUUUAUUUUUCUUUGCUCUUCAUUAUCGUGCAAAUAUUACAAAGAGGUGUUAAGGUGUUGAUUCAAGUCUCUAAACACAUAAAAACAAGUCAUGUAAUUUACAGCUUCCACAGCUUUUCCACAUUCAGAGUUCGAAGCACUUGGACACACCAAGGUUUGACCAGGACCAGGACGGUAAUGAGAUCUUCUCUGGGACUAUUACACUAGCAGCUCUAUGAGGAAAGGCCAUGUUACCUGGAGAUCUGCUGUACCUUCUGGAGAUGAGGAACAUGUCGUAGAGCUGUGAAGUGCUGCCUAUGGUCCCGAAACGUUCUGCAGCUGUGGAUGUUCCUCCACUGCCACAACUAUUCACCGAGCAGAGACUUUACUGAAGAUCCAUUAUUAUGAAUGAGAAAGCUGCUGCUGCUCUACAUCGGGGGUGUGGAGCAGUAAAUAUGCUGCUGCAACAACAGCUUAUUGUUCUGGGGUUUAAAAAAAAGAAAUAAUCGAUAUAGCGACAUUUGUGUCCUCCUCCUUCCAGGCUAAUCACCGCUGAUGAAUGAGAUUCAAUAAGAUAUUCCACUGUUAAAGUUUGUGCCAUUGUUUUGCCUCAGCUUCGCCAAUUAGACUUGGCCCUGCUCUCCUGUGGUUCAUACACAGCGAACCAGGACUGGACAGGGACGUCCUCUGAGCAGCACAUGUCUUCAUGUAGAAUCCAAAUGUACGAGAGGAAACUGUGAUUCUAGAGGCUGAUGUUAAACCUGCAGUGUUCAUCUUCCCUAGUUUUAGUUUUAUUCCUCUGAGCUGUCACGUCUUCCUUAUCUAACGGUGACCUUUACAAAUGUCAGAGCCGUCUAAUUGAAAGGAGAACCUGACGAGGCCGUUCAUUUGUAGAAAGCUUGUUCCUGUAAUUCCUUGAUCGAUUUUCAGAGACUGAAUCAACCGUGACAGGAUCAAAGUCUCAAAGGUCUCGGUUGUGACGUUUGCAAAAGGUGGAAAUAAACAGACAAUGAGUCGAUUCUGUCUCUCUGCUGGAAACAUGGACCUAGUUUGUGUUUAACUGUAUUGUUUGUGGGUGUGUACCUGGAUGUUUUCUUUAUUUUCUACUUGUAUUUUUAGCUUUCCCCUCUAUUAUUGACUUUAAUGUGAAAACAGUUGUUAAGUUUGGAACCUCACAUCAUCUCAGAUUAUUUACGUUACUGAUGACACGUGUUGUUCCGGUCGCAAAUAACUGGAUAAAUAAAAUAUGCUGAUUUGAAUCUCA